AUGGCUGGGCUCAGGGCUGCCCUGCUGCCUCUCAGCCUGCAGCUCGCGAGCCUGGUGCUGGCCACAGAGCCCAUCAGGGGUGGGGUUGUCUCCACACAGCCUCCCAGGCUGGCUGAGCUCCAUAACUACCAGCAGCAAGCACCUGCCCACCGCUCUUCGUCCCUUCAUGGGACCCACCACGAGCAGCACCCCCUGGAGGAGAGGUUGGGGCGUCUGGAGGCUGAGGUGGUGGAGCUCCGGGAGCAGAACAAGGACCUACAGGUCCGGGUGAGGCAGCUGGAGAGCUGUGAGUGCCGCCCAGCUGGCCCUCAGUGCUGGGCGCUGGGCCGGGCCUGGCCUGAGGGGGCACACUGGGAGCCGGAUGCCUGCACAGUCUGCCUAUGCCAGGAUGGGGUUUCCCGCUGUGGCCCCAAGCCUGGCCUAUCCCAGUGCCAUGGCUGUACCCACAAUGGUCGGGACUAUGGCAAUGGGGAGACCUUCUCGCCAGACACCUGUACCACUUGCCUCUGCCAGGCAGGGACCGUGCUGUGCCAGGGGCCCUCUUGCCCAGAACUCAACUGCCUGGAGAGCUACACUCCACCUGGCGAAUGCUGUCCUGUCUGCCGGCCAGGCUGUGAGUACGAGGGCAAGCUUUAUGAGGAGGGGGCCAGUUUCCUGUCCAGUUCCAACCCUUGUCUCCGAUGCUCCUGCCUGAGGAGCCUGGUUCGCUGUGUGCCCAUGAAGUGCCCGCCCAACCCCUGCCCUGAGCCAGUCCUGAGGCCUGGGCACUGCUGCCCCACCUGCCAAGGUGAGGGCUGCAUGGAAGGUGGAACUCACCAGAAACAUGGUCAAGAGUGGACCCCACCCGGAGAUCCCUGCAGGAUCUGUAGGUGCCUAGAGGGCCAGGUUCAGUGCCACCAGCGGGAGUGUGCCAGCCUGUGCCCAUACCCUGCCCGGCCUCUCCCAGGCACCUGCUGCCCCGUGUGUGAUGGCUGUUUCCUAAAUGGGCGGGAGUACCACAGUGGGGAGCCCGUGGGCUCUGGGGACACCUGCUCAAACUGCCACUGCGUUAAUGGAAGUGUCCUGUGUGAGCCUCUGCCCUGCCCAACUGUGCCCUGCAGACACCCAGGCAGGGCCCCUGGGCAGUGCUGUCCAGUCUGCGAUGGCUGUGAGUUCCAAGGACACCAGUACCAGAACCAGGAGGCCUUCAGAACUCAAGAGAGUGGCCGCUGUGCCCGCUGCCUGUGUCAGGCUGGCGAGGUGUCCUGUGAGGAUCAGGAGUGCCCGGUGGCCCCCUGUGCCCUAUCCGACUCUGGUCCACAGCUCUGCUCAGCCUGUGUAGUGGAGGGAGAGGAGUUUGCUAAUGGCAUCCAGUGGCAGCUGGAUGGCCAGCCCUGCAUUACCUGCUCCUGUCAAGGUGGGGUGCCUAUGUGCAGGGCACUCAUCUGCCCACUGGCCCUCUGCCAGCACCCCACCCAGCCCUCUGGUGCCUGCUGUCCCAGUUGUGAGAGCUGCACCUACCGGGGCCAGGUGUAUGCCAACGGCCAGAACUUCACAGACGCAGGCAGCCCUUGUCAUAUCUGCCGCUGCCAGGACGGGACUGUGAGCUGCUCCUUGGUUGACUGCCCUCCUACUACCUGUGCCAGGCCCCAGAGUGGCCCUGGUCAGUGCUGCCCUCGGUGCCCAGGAGAGAGGGGCUGUCCCUCCUGCCUCCUAUGGCCUGUCCCCAUGUCCGCUGCUCAGACUGUCUUGGAGAAAUAGGUGUUUGUGGAUGGCCAGAGAUUCUCCCAUCCCUGAGACCCCUGCCAGGAAUGCCAAUGUCAGGAGGGCCAUGCCCACUGCCAGGUUCAGGCCUGUCCUAGAGCUCUGUGUGCCCACCCGCGCCCCAGUACCUGCUGCCACAACUAUUGCAGUGGCUGUACCUUUGCCGGGAAGGAGUACCCCAGCGGAGCCGAUUUCCCACACCCCUCGGACCCCUGUCGCCUGUGUCGCUGUCUGAGCGGCAACGUGCAGUGCCUGACCCGCCGCUGCCCGCCGCUGCCCUGUCCAGAGCCAGUUUUGCUGCCCGGAAAGUGCUGCCCCCAGUGCCCGGCAGCCCACGCCGACUGCCAGCGGCCCGGGGGCGCGACCCCCGCUCGCCACCAAGAGCACUUCUCUCCGCCUGACGACCCUUGCCGCCGCUGCCUCUGCCUCGACGGCUCGGUAUCCUGCCAGCAGCUACCUUGCCCGCCAGCGCCCUGCGCCCACCCGCGCCAGGGACCCUGCUGCCCCGCCUGCGAUGGCUGCCUGUACCAGGGGAAGGAGCUGGCCAGCGGGGAGCGCUCCCCUUCUUGUCACAUCUGCCUCUGCUGGGAGGGGACAGUGUCCGGCGACUGCUGCCCUGCCUGUGAUGGGUGUGAGUACUUGGGGCAGUCUUACCUGAGCAGUCAGGAGUUCCCGGACCCCCAGGAGCCCUGCAGCCUGUGCAUCUGCCUUAGAGGCUUCGUGACCUGCAGCCAUCGCCUCUGUGCGCCUUUGAGCUGCAGUCACCCAAUCACUCUAUCUGGGCACUGCUGCCCGACCUGCCAGGGAUGCCUCUAUCAUGGGGCCACCGUAGUCUCUGGAGAGACUUUUCCUGACCCACUCGACCCCACUUGUUCCUUCUGCACCUGCCAGGAAGGUUCCGUGCGCUGCCAGAAGAAGCCUUGCCCCCCAGCUCCCUGCCCCCAGCCCUCUCCAGGGCCCUGCUUCUGCCCUGUCUGCCGCAGCUGCUUCUCAGGGGGCCGGGAGCACCAGGAUGGGGAGGAGUUUGAGGGUCCCACGGACAGCUGUGAGCGGUGUCACUGUCAGGCUGGCCAGGUCAGCUGUGUGCGGCAGCAGUGCCCGCCUCUGCCCUGCUCGCUGCAGGUCACAGACCCGGGGGUCUGUUGCCCUCGCUGCAGAGGAUGCAUGGUUGGCAGGGAGGAGCACCCUGAAGGCAGCAGCUGGGUGCCCCCAGACAACCCCUGCUCCUCCUGCAUGUGUCACGAGGGUGUCGCCACCUGUGCCCGCAUCCAGUGUGUCAGCUCCUGUGCCCAGCCCCGCCAGGGGCCUGGUGACUGCUGCCCAAGAUGCCCUGACUGUGAGCACAAAGGCCGGAAGUAUGAGCCAGGGGAGAGCUUCCAGCCUGGAGCAGACCCCUGUGAAGUGUGCAUCUGUGAGCUACAGCCUGAGGGCCCCCCUAGCCUGCGCUGUCACCACAGGCAGUGCCCUAGCCUGGUGGGCUGCCCCCCCAGCCAGCUCCUGUCUCCUGGGCCUCAUCACUGCUGCCCUACCUGUGCCGAAGCGCUGAGUAACUGCACAGAGGGCCUGCUGGGGUCUGAGGUGGCUCCCCCAGACCCUUGCUACACCUGCCAGUGCCAGGACUUAACAUGGCUCUGCAUUCACCAAGCCUGUCCUGAGCUCAGCUGUCCCCCAUCAGAGCGCCAUACACCCCCUGGGAGCUGCUGCCCCUUGUGCUGGGCCCCUGCUCCGUCGUGCGUACACCAGGGCCGGGAAGUCGCCUCCGGGGAGCGCUGGACCGUGGACUCCUGCACCAGCUGCUCCUGCGUGGCUGGCACCGUGCGCUGCCAGAGUCAGCGCUGCCCGCCGCUUUCCUGUGGCCCUGACGAGGCCCCCGCCCUGAGUCCCGGCAGUUGCUGCCCGCGCUGCCUGCCCCGACCCGCCUCCUGCAUGGCCUUUGGAGACCCGCACUACCGCACCUUCGACGGCCGCCUGCUGCACUUUCAGGGCGGCUGCAGCUACGUGCUGGCCAAGGACUGCCGCGGAGGGGACUUCAGCGUCCACGUGACCAACGAUGACCGUGGCCGGAGCGGCGUGUCUUGGACGCAGGAGGUGGCUGUGCUACUGGGAAGCCUGGUGGUGCGGCUGCUGCAGGGCGGGGCGGUCACGGUAGAUGGGCACCCCGAGGCUUUGCCCUUCCUGCGGGAGUCACUGGUAUACGUGGAGUUGCGGGCCCGCACGGUGAUCCUGCACGCCCAGUCAGGGCUCCAGGUGCUGUGGGAUGGAAAGUCCCAGGUGGAGGUGAGGGUACCUGGCUCCUACCGGGGCCAGACCUGUGGGCUCUGUGGGAACUUCAACGGCUUUGCCCAGGAUGACCUGCGGGGUCCCUCAGAGCUGCUUCUCCCCACGGAGGCUGCGUUUGGGAAUAGCUGGCAGAUCCCUGAAGGACCCGGGCCAAGCCGGCCCUGUGCCAGAGGCCGAGAGGUGGAUCCGUGCCGGGCAGCGGGCUACCGUGCCCGGCGUGAGGCCAAUGCCCGGUGUGCAGUGCUGAAGUCGGCUCCAUUCCGUCGAUGCCAUGCCGUGGUGCCCCCAGAGCCCUUUUUUGCUGCCUGUGUGUAUGACCUUUGUGCCUGUGGCCCAGGCCCAUUGGCAGAUGCCUGCCUCUGUGAUGCCCUGGAAGCCUAUGCCAGCCACUGUCGCCAGGCUGGAGUGACGCCUGCCUGGCGGGGCCCCACACUCUGCGUGGUGGGCUGCCCCCUGGACCGUGGCUUCGUGUUCGAUGAAUGUGGCCCGCCCUGUCCCCGCACCUGCUUCAACCAGCAUGUCCCCCUGGGAGAGCUGUCCAUCCGCUGUGUGAGGCCCUGCGUGCCCGGCUGCCAGUGUCCGGCAGGCCUGGUGGAGCACGAGGCCCACUGUAUCUCCCCUAAGGCCUGCCCCCAAGUCCUGCUCACUGGGUGGCAACUAAAGGGAGGGAACAUCUGCCCUGGCCCCUGCCCCAUGGAGCAGACAGACUCACCUGGGGGUCCACGACUCCCUUGUACCCAUGAGCAGGCUUUGGCUUUGUACCAGCGUCUCUUCCGGUGCCCUGCAAGCCUGGGCCAGCUCUGGGCUGUGCUGCGGCAUGGGAGACCUGGGGUGCACAGUCUCCCUCAGGGGCAGGAGGGCUGGGGCUGCCCCCAGUGGCUGGAGCUGACCACAGUACUUCUGGAGAUGGAGCGGAGGCGGCAGGCCUGGGAGCAGCUCCUGUGGGACUUGGAGCUGCUGACUGGGGCAGGGCUGGGCCUCCUCUGGCCGCCUUGGGCCCAGGUCUGUGGCCUGAAGAGCCAGGUCCAGUGUGUCCCAAGUCAGCACGACAAGCUGUGUGGCAGGACAGGAGGGGACUCUGAAUGGCCUUUGAGUGGGACGGGGGCACCUCUGAACCUUCCAGAGUUCCAGGCUGUGCCCUCUGCUCCAGACUGGGGACUCCCUGAACCAGGACCAUCAGUUGCCAGAGGGGGUGCCCCCUGA